AUGAACGUGUCAUCAGCCAACGUGACGGUGGUUUUACAAUAUCGAGACUCCGUCACUAAAGCUGUGAUCAAGAAUGUGAUCGUUCUGGUUCUCGGGAUCACCAUCAACUUCAUCAAUGCGAGCCUCGUUCACACUUUCUCCAAACACCAGAUCUUCUACAUGAAUCCCCGGUAUAUCCUUUUUAUUCACCUGGUGGUCAAUGACAUGAUCCAGGUGACACUGACUGUCUCCCUGUUUGUUAUCAGUUACACCAUCUACAGAAUAAAUGUCUCCGUCUGUUCCGUCUUCACCCUGCUCGCUCUUUUCACCACUGAAAACACUCCUCUGAACCUGGCCUGCAUGGCGGUGGAGUGCUACAUCGCCGUCUGCAUUCCGCUUCGCUACGUGCAGAUCUGCACCAUCAAGAGAACGUUAAUGUUGAUUGCUUUAACCUGGACAACAACCAUGCUUUCUGUUCUUUCUGACCUCUUCAUCACUUUGGCCACACAGCCUCUGGACUUCUUUCAUUCUCAAGUGUUCUGCCUCAGAAAAAACGUCUUCCCAAGUCCCCUCAUCCCCAAGAAGAGGGACAUCACAUAUUCAGUGUUUCUAGUUAUAGUUUGGGGCACUAUCUUAUACACGUACUUCAGAAUUCUCUUCGCUGCAAAAACAGCAAGCAAAGAUGCUAAAAAAGCCAGAAACACCAUCCUCCUCCACGGUUUCCAGCUGCUGCUCUGUAUGGCUUCAUAUGCAACCCCCCAGUUGAAAGAUGCUCUGCAGCAGUGGUUCCCUAUGAAUUAUACAGACUCCCUCUUCGCUUGCUACAUCAUUGUACAGAUUCUGCCAAGAUCUAUCAGUCCCAUCAUCUAUGGCUUACGAGACAACACUUUCAGAAAGUACUUAAAAAGGAUCUGUUGUGUUAAGUCGGCAUAAAUUAAACAGCCAACCAGGGUACCGAGGCUACGGGAUUUUACAAGAGAUCGCCUCAAUCCAUGUUCUUGUUUUGUAACUUCCUGUGAAUUAAACUGUGAAACUCAUUGUUUACAAAUACAAAUUUAUUUAAAUGGUGCCACUACUUCCAUUCUGAACACCUACAGAUAUUUAUCUAACUCCCCGUUAUGACCAACACCUUAAAAAAAUCUAUAUAAUGGGCAGAUAAAGACAAUUUAGCGGUUCAACAAAAACUAAUAAAAUAAUAGGAUAAUUAUUACAGGUAGUAAUUGAUACUGGUUUUCAGGUUAUCAAAAUAUGUUGUGCAGCAUUGUUCAUUGACUUCUGUCUAUUUAUCUCCAUGACUUGAUCCUGCUAACUAUUCUAUUCUGCAGUAGUAGUAGUAAACCAUUUUUAUGUUAGUCUGUUUCUGUGGUGUACCCCAAAAUUCUGUACUUGGUCUUCCUUUGUUUACGAGAAUAACACCAGUAAUGAUGCAAUAAAAUGUAAUUUUCACUUUUUCCUCGAAGACAUUGUCAGCUUUCUUGAUUUUCUGGACACUAAACACUUCUUGGACCAUAAAAGAC